AUGUCACCUCUGGACUUCAGAAACACAGAUCUGGUGUCAAGAUUACUAGCAGCUACUCCACCGUACUUAUACAACAUGUCACUCCUACCAAAUACAUUUUUCUUCAGCGAAAUGUUGAGAUCCUUGGUGCAGGCAAAAGUAGCUGAACAAAAUAGGAAUACACCCGGUAUACACAGUAGUCAUAGAAGGUCCCGAAAGAGGACGUGGUCUACCACGAGAGCUGAAUGUUUCCAGAAACAACAUUCCCCGAAAGGUUCUGAAAAACCUGCUGGUGAAAACAAUGAUUGGAUGCUGAAAAGCAAUAAUUUCACUAAAGAAGAGAUCCCUCUGGAGUUAACCAUAAAUAAAGUCGACAAUAAUAUGUCGGACCAAGAAAAUAAGUCGCUUUUAUAUCCAGGGAAAGUUGAACCCUUCAAUCCACCAAACAAACCUGAUUUAUCGAUGGAUCAUUUGUUCAGCAAUCAUACCGCAACAAACAGUGAAACUCCAUCAAAUUUGGUCCUUCCACCACCACCGCCGAUGUGGUAUCCACCCCUAUACCCCGCCCCACCAUACGGUAUAGACCCACUACACUUUUUUAUCGAUUUAAGAGUAUCGGGACACAUCUACGACAGAAAAAAUCAAAAUAAGGACCCACCUUCCACCAUUGUAAGCCCUUUGGUCAAAGAUAAAAGCCCGUCAGUAUCCCCAUGUAAGUUGGAAGAACCUCCGAACAAGUUGUCCAAAGAUUUCUUCAAGCAAUCCAGACACUCUUCAGCCUUUUCUGUACCUAUACCAUCGAGUAAUAAGAGCCCCAUGAACCUAACUCACUUGAAUCAAAAUGAGAACAAACAAACUAAGUUCGAUGUGAAGUCCAUGGGGUUUGAUAAAAGCUCAAACAAAGUAAGCACCAAUUAUAUCAUGGGUAACAUCAAUAAUAUCUAUAGUAGUGUUCGGUGCGCCAAAAUAGACAAAUUUGAGGACACCCCUAGUAAACAAGAUGAAGAAAUCAAACAUCAUGACGAUGAGGAUACUAAUAGAUCCAAAAAACUUAAAACUUUGCUGGAUCUGGAGUAUGUUGUGGACUACAUGAACAACACAAAAAAUACUCAAAAUUCAUCGGCGAAUUCCAAUAAUUCCUCAGAAGAGGAGUCCAUAGGAAGUCCAGCUUUGGAAGUGGUAGCUCUACAAGAUGAGAACUAA